AUACUCGAUACAACGACUUCAGUUCAAAAGAGCCUUAAUGUUAAAAAAGGAACUGGACCAAGCCUGUGAUGCAGCAAGACUAACAUUUAUGUAAGCUAACUCUCAAUUACAUUAUACGAAAAUUACAGUGUGCAGUUAGUAGCAGUAACUAUGUACACUGCAAGUGUGAUCAUCAGUUUCCUAGCAGUCACGAGUAUUGCUACCUCCACCCUCUACCAUAUUGUACCCGACGAUCACAUGUGUCAGCUGUACAGCACUGAUAGGUGCAUGUCAUUAGCACAGUUUGGUAGUCUAAGCAACCCGAGUGUGGACGAUGCUUUGACAAUGGUCCUCUCCUCAGGAGUGCACCGACUAGACCGAUACAUCUCACUCGUGAAUAUCAGCAAUGUUUCCAUAGCUGGAGGCAAUACAGUUGUCAACGUUACAGGAUCUAGUGGUUUUAUUGUGAGUAAUGUGCACACACUGGAUAUUGCAGGGCUUGUAAUGAUCAUACGCGGACAAACGGUAUUGAAAAUCAGUCAGACAAAGAGGGUCACAAUUCAAGACUGCAAUAUACAGACGGGGAUUGAAAAUGAAGAAAUUAGUGAACAAAUACAUGUAGCUAUACAAGUGAGGCAAACAGAAUCCAUGCUUGUGCUGAGGAGUAGCUUCACAAAUAAUCGUAUUCAACAGCAAAACAUUACGUCAUCGUAUAUUCGUGGAGGUGCACUGUCAGUCGUGGGUGCUCACGACUUCACUAUAGCCAAGAGUAACUUUACUGACAACCAGGCAAGAGGGCUAACACAAAUAAAUGGUGGAGUGAUACACUUGGAAGAAAUUAAGAAUGUUAUGAUAUUGGACUCAAUCCUGAAAGAAAAUAAAGCCACCUGCACAAAAUGUCAAGUAGAUAUAAGAGGGGGAGUACUAUUCGUACGAAACGCACAUCUAUUUCAAAUAAUCAACACUACAUUUGUGGGCAAUAAAGCUUCAAACACGUUUCGUUACAGUUUGGGUGGGGCAGUCUAUGCCGAGGUCGAUUUUAUAAGUAUUUCAGGCUGUCAAUUCACAAGCAACAAAGCAGACUACGGUGGUUCAAUCUAUGUACGACGCGGGACACUAUCAAGCUCCAAUAAUGACUACACGAAUAACCAUGCAAAGAUGGACGGAGGCGCAGUUGCCAUGACAACGAAUGUAGCUACAUGUAGUUUUAAAAGCGAUAAUUAUACCGGUAAUAGAGCUGAUGGUGAUGGAGGUGGCAUUUGGGUCAGUGUGACCAAUAUGACUAUUUCUAAUUGCUAUUUUACGAAUAACAAAGCUGAAUUCAAUGGAGGAGCAUUUUCUGCAUUUCUAACCACAGGUGGUCAGUUUCAAAGCACACAGAACGAAUUUACACACAAUACAGCCAAACACAAAGGAGGAGCUGGUCAUGUGACACACGCGGACAAAGGGUAUUACACAAGUACACAGAACACGUUCAUCAACAACACAUCUGAAGACCAAGCAGGGGCAAGCUAUGUCACGAUGGGAGAGCAUGGUUUGUACAACUGUUCACAAAACCUCUACCUCAGCAACACUGCAAACAUGGGUGGGGCGUUAGUUGAACAGCUCGACAACACAGGUUACUAUUACAGCCAGAAAAAUGAAUUUAUUCGCAACAUAGCAAAGAAUUUCGGCGGAGCAGUUAGCCUAUUUCUUGGGAACCACGGUUACUAUCACAGCAUUGACAAUUUGUUUAGCCAAAACAGUGCAGAUGACAUAAGAGGGGGCGGAGGGGGUGUACACACAUACGUUACAGACAAUGCGAUUUAUAACAGUUCACAAAACAGGCUUCGUCACAAUUUUGCAGCGUAUGUUGGAGGGGGGAUGGACGUUAUACUAAGAGAUAAUGGAUCAUACUACAGUGUACAAAACAUGUUUCAUAGCAACAGUGCGAAGUAUACUGGGGGCGGAGUCAAUGUGGAGUUCAACGACAAUGGGAAAAAUCAAUAUACGAGCUCACAUGAUCAAUUUUUUUACAACACCGCUUGCGAUGGUGGAGGAGCUGUGCACGUACUUUUUGAGAGAAAUAUUGGAAAUGGAGUUUAUCGAAGUUCACACAAUAUUUUUGUUAAUAAUUCAGCAGUGUACUACGGUGGAGCUGUAAAGGUUGUCCACGGCAGCUAUUUCAGUGCAAAGGACAUAUACACAAACAAUACUGGAUACGUUGGUGGAGCUGUGGCCACAUUUCAAGAUUUUGCCAACAUUGAACAAGCGAUAUUCACGAGCAAUCAAGCUACGCUAGCUGGAGCUGCGUUACACGUUAUAGAUGGAGAUGCAAAGAUAAGCAAUUGUGUUUUCGAGGAUAAUUCACAGAGAAAUAUAACAACAGUGUCUAUAGUUGGUACCACACUGACAAGCCAUAACAGUUCUUACAUACACAACGAAGGUAAUGCUCUCUACAUGUUGGACAGCAUUGUCGAGCUGAGUGGAGUUAAUACAUUCACGGGCAACAAGAACGGGGCAAUAGUCAGCACACAGAGUUUUAUCGUGUUCAGAAACUCAAGUGUAAUCAUCGCAAACAACGAAGCUAAACUUGGUGGUGGUCUAUUCUUGGCUGAAAGUCAGCUGCUCAUAUACUGCAGAGUGACGUUACAAGGGAACACAGCCACUCAUGCUGGAGGGGCAAUAUAUGCCUAUCAAAGCAAAAUAAUAUUCAAUAGCAAACAGGGCAUGCAAAUAAGCCAAAACACGGCCGUAACUAAGCAAGCAGGUGGUGUGUCACUAAUUUCUUCCAUCUUUAAAGUGUCGAGAGGGACAGUGGACAUAUCGAACAAUACGGGCGUCCACGGUGGAGCUAUGUUUCUGGAGCAGAACUCAAGAGUGUAUGUGUACAACGUUUCCUUUACACCAGACGAUAUAGCAAUUGGACGAGUGGCUUUCACCAGCAACAGAGCAUAUAAUGGAGGAGCUCUAUACGUUGUAGACAGUACUGCAGCUGGUACUGUGUGUGAGAAGAGAGACGAACAGGCAGAGCAAUUACAGACUGAGUGUUUCAUGCAAACACUAACACUGAACACGGCCAUCAAUCUUGAUGCAUCUUUAGAUCAUGCCGGUCACCAUCACGACUACACAUUCAUAUCAUUCACAAACAACAGAGCCAAGUACAAAGGGAAUGACAUAUACGGUGGACUCUUAGACAGAUGUUCACCGAGCGUGGAAGCUUACUCGCAAAAUGUCACAGGCUUAAACUAUAUAAGAGCUAUGGCUUUCUUCAGACACGACCACAGAAACGGAAUGAAAUUAUCUACAAAUGAACUAAAAGAGCAUUUUGCUUCUGAUGCAGUUCAGGUAUGCUUUUGUACAGCUGGUAAUACGUACGACUGUACAGUUAUGGAACAGAAUGUAUUUACAAGAAGGGGAGCUACAUUUGGAGUUGAAGUGACAGCAGUCGACCACAUUCAAACACAAAUGGCCGCAACGGUACUUGCUGCAUUCAGUUUGAACAGCAGUAUUGGCAGAUUCAAGGAGAAGCAAGUAAAGAGAGGCAUUUCUAACAAGUGUACAAAGCUUCUAUAUAAUGUGUAUUCUGACAAACCUACCAUUCAAAUAGAUCUCUAUGCCGACGGUCCUUGUGGUAACAGAGGCAUUUCUAAAAGAAUUGUAAACGUGAUCUUUCUACCUUGUGACUGCCCUAUCGGAUUUCAGCCGUCAAAAUCAGCCACAGAAUGCAUUUGUGAGUGUGUCACAGAGCUAAGCACAGUAGCCACCUGCUCUGAAGAUGAACUCAUACAGCUGAUACAAAACAAAUGGGUUGGCUACGUUAAUGAAAGUGAAAGCAACAAUGGUCUCAUUAUUCAUCAUUGUCCAUUCGAUUACUGUCAACCACGACCGGUUAAUAUUACAUUCGAGGUCAAUGGUGGACCUGAUAUGCAGUGUGCUUAUAAUCGUACAAAACUAUUAUGUGGGCAAUGCAAAUAUGGACUUAGUUUAGUUCUUGGCUCGUCAAAAUGCAAGCCAUGCACAAAUCAGUACUUGUCUCUUAUUGUGCCCUUUGCUGGCCUAGGAAUUUUACUUGUUGCGUUUAUUCUAAUUCUAAAUAUGACAGUAGCCAUAGGAACAAUCCACGGACUCAUAUUCUACGCUAACAUAAUCGGUGCAGCUAAACCAGUAUUCUUUUCGGGACAAGAAACACUUUUUAUAAGAGUGUUCAUAUCAUGGCUUAAUCUAGACUUUGGAAUCGAGACAUGCUUCUACGAUGGAAUGGAUUCCAAUACAAAGGUUCUAUUACAGCUGGCAUUUCCGUCCUACCUAAUUCUACUCACCAUCAUCAUAAUCGUAUUAUGUGAGUACUCAAAGCGAUUUGCCACUCUUCUAGCACACAAAAACCCGGUGGCCACUUUGAGCACUCUCUUACUCCUCUCCUACUCAAAGCUACUAGGCACCAUCAUAGCAGGACUCCAGUAUACACACCUUAAGCAACCAGAUGGCUCUUACAAGAUUGCGUGGCUGUUUGAUGCUAACAUGCCCUACUUUGGAUCAAGUCACAGAAUUGUGCUCUUUGUUUUCUCUCUCUUUAUAAUAGUCCUAGGAGCUAUAUACACCAUACUGCUAUUCUUUGGGCAAUGGCUAACUCGAUUUUCUGAUAGGAAGCUUAUGAAAUGGACCAAACAUCCCAAGUACAACGCAUUCAUUGAUGCCUAUCAUGCCCCCUUUGACCCUAAGCAUCGCUACUGGGUGGGGCUGCUCCUGUUCAUUAGAAUAGCUCAAAAUAUAUUACAAACAUUAAUAGCCGAGCAGUCAGUCACAAUACUGAGCAUCACCUGCAUAGCCAUCUUUCUGGUAGCUCUGAAGAUCCUAAACACAAGAAUAUACAAAAACUGGGCACUAGACACACUGGAAAGUUUCUUCUUAAUCAACAUCAUCGUUUUAUCGGCAGCUACGUAUCACGUGAGAGAGUCUAAUGGAAACCAAUCAGCCGUCAUCAUCACAUCUAUCUCAAUCGUUGCUAUAACGUUUUUGGCUAUCCUUGGCUACCAUGUCUACGACUGCAUGCUUAAAAAUACCGAAACAUGGAAAAAAUUGAGACGCAUUUUCACAAGACGACAGUACAGAGACUAUGAGCUAGUGGCACUGAUUCAGGACAGUAGCGAUUCAGAGGACUCGGUGUUUGAAGAUACACAAUCUGUAGACAGUUAUACUGGCCGCACAGUGAACACGCCCCCUCCUUGCAUAGAGCCACACCUCCUGUAUGACCCGCCUAUCAUUCAGUCUGCUGUGAGACUGGACCAGCUGAGAGAGCCAGCUCUGGACGUCAUCGACCCAGUCACUGACGAUCACUACAGGGAGGUGUGGAGAAGACCACACCCACCCCCUCCCCCCAGGAGAAUCACUAGUCAGAUUGUGGACAUACAAACCUAACUAACUAACUAACAACACAUUCUUAUAAUUAUAGCAGAGCACAUACAUGUACAUGUAGCUAGAGGAAAUAACUUAUGUACAUGUAGCUAGAGGAAAUAACUUAUGUACAUGUAGCUAGAGGAAAUAACUUAUGUACAUGUAGCUAGAGGAAAUAACUUUUGUACAUGUAGCUAGAGGAAAUAACUUAUGUAGUACAAUGGUACAUAUGAUUUUACCAUGCACGAAACGUUUAAUUGAGAGAGUGAUACAUGUACAUGUCAUGAAUGUAUCAGGUUGUACAUGUAAA